CUCAUACUUUUCAGUCCACUACGUUUCUUCUUCUCCCUUUUGCCUAAUUUGCCUUUCUCUCUCUCUCUCUCUCUAUCUGACUUUCCUAAAAACAAUGGCAACGAUCAUGUCUUCCAUUCUCAUGUAAUCCAUUCUUCAACUCUCUUUUUUGAUAUUUUGAAUUUUUUUCAUCUUCAACUCACAAACCCUAAACUCAUUUUCACCUCGAUCUUACUUUCUUCUGCUGUUCUCUAGAGAGUUUUAUUGGUUGAGCUAGUGUAAUUUGAAGAAAUCCAGCUGUAUUUUGCAUUCUCGUGGUGAUUAUUCUACUACAUUAAGUGAAUUAUUGAUGUAUUUGUAGAAGGGAGUUCAUUUGAGAUCAAUUGAACUGUUGAAUUGGGAAUUUUGUUGAGAGAUCUGUUUUACGGGUGAAUUUGGUGGACUUUGAAGUGAAGGGUGGAAUUGGAGGGUUUUGGAUCCGAUCAGGGGAGAAACAGCGCCAUUAGAUGGCGCUGUUCAGACGGUUCUUCUAUAGGAAGCCGCCGGAUCGGCUUUUAGAGAUCUCUGAGCGGGUUUACGUGUUUGAUUGCUGCUUCUCCACUGACGUGUUGGAUGAAGAUGAGUACAAGACAUAUAUGGGGGGGAUUGUAGCUCAGCUGCAGGACCACUAUGCAGAUGCUUCUUUCAUGGUUUUUAACUUUAGGGAAGGUGAUAGGAGGAGCCAAAUAUCUGACAUAUUGUCUCAGUAUGAUAUGACUGUGAUGGAUUAUCCUCGGCAAUAUGAAGGGUGUCCACUUCUGCCUCUGGAGAUGAUCCACCACUUCUUGCGCUCAAGUGAGAGUUGGCUUUCACUUGAGGGUCAGCAAAACGUCCUGUUAAUGCACUGUGAGAGGGGAGGCUGGCCUGUACUUGCUUUUAUGCUUGCUGGCCUUCUUUUGUACCGGAAACAGUACACUGGGGAGCUUAAAACUCUUGAAAUGGUAUACAAGCAGGCCCCUAGGGAGCUGCUUCAUCUUUUGUCUCCUCUGAAUCCACAGCCAUCUCAGCUUAGAUAUCUCCAGUACAUCUCCAGAAAAAAUUUUGGUUCAGAAUGGCUGCCAUCAGAUACACCUUUUGCCUUAGAUUGCAUCAAACUUAGUUUUCCUCCUCUAUUUGAUGGAGGGAGAGGCUGUCGACCUGUACUUCGCGUCUAUGGACAGGACCCUGCUUCAACAACCUCUAAUAGGAGCUCUAAGCUCCUCUUUUCAACUCUAAAGACAAAAAGACAUGCUCGCUUCUACCAACAGGAAGAGUGUUCAAUGGUGAAAAUUGACAUCCAUUGUCGUGUCCAAGGAGAUGUUGUUCUCGAGUGUGUCCAUUUGGAAGAUGAUCUAGUAAGGGAAGAAAUGAUGUUCAGGGUCAUGUUCCACACUACAUUUAUUCGCUCAAAUGUUUUGAUGUUAAUGCGUGAUGAUGUUGAUGUCCUGUGGGAUGCAAAAGACCAAUUUCCUAGAGGGUUCAAAGCAGAGGUACUCUUUUCGGAUCCUAAUGCUGUUCCAUCUGUUGUCACUGAGGAAGUGCCAAGUGAGGAUGAGAAUGGGACUGAAGGUGCUUCACCUGAGGAGUUUUUCGAAGUCGAAGAGAUAUUCAGCAAUGCUGUUGAUGGGCAGGAUGGAAGGGGGGAAUCUGGAGCCCACAUUGUCAAGGAAAGUUUGCAGGAUGAUGAUAGUAUUGAAAUGAUCUGGAAAGAGGAGGUGGAACAUCAUGCAUUUCAAGAUUGUGCAUCAGACGAAGUAAAUCACAAGCAAGAAGGAAAGAUGGAUUCUAAUCGCUCUGCAUCAGAAAAAAAUAUUUUAGGAGAGAGAGACAACUCUAUACCCUCAAAGGUUAUAGUUUCCAAUGGUACUAGCAACAUGGAAUCAGAACAGGUAAUAUCUGGGGAUUGUGUUGCAUCAGAAAAUGGGGAACUAAAGCAAGAUAAAGAAGACACUCUGAGACAGAAGAAGUUAGAGAGAGAAGGUUCGCAUCAGAAGGUGAGUGCUGAUACUAGUAAACAAAAAAGUGACAAGACAACCUCAUCUCUAAAGAAACAGUCAUUUUCCAACGCUAAACCAGCUGCUGAUGGCGUUGGUCCGAAAAAUAAAUCUAAACAGCAGGAAAUCCAAGGCACCGUUUUACGACCGGCAAAGCCUAAUGCAGUGUCCCGGUGGAUCCCUCCAAACAAAGGUUCUUACACUAGUUCAAUGCAUGUAUCGUAUCCACCAUCAAGGUAUAACAGUGCUCCUCCUGUGCUUGCCCUAACCAAGGAUUUUCAGUCUGGGGUUAAAUCAAAGUCACCAUCUCCUCAAGCUUCUUCAGAAGCUAUAGCUUCUGCUGAAGCAGGUCGUGUUUCAGGGAAAGACUCUUCAUGUUCUGCAUCGGGUACGUCAAUUGUGGAGGCAUCUGUUGCUACAAUAUCUGCCCCAGAAUCAGUUGAAAGCCAGGCCCUGAAGCUUCAUCCAUCUCCUCCAAGUCCGCUUCUUUCUCCAUCUCCAAUUACUUCAUCUCAUGAACCUUCUGAUACUGAGGUAGCAGGAACUAAUUCACCAUCAGCGACUUCAGCUUUGUCUUCACAGGGGAGUAAUAUUAUGACAUCUUCUUUGACUCAGCCGGACCGUUAUUCUUCACCUGCUCUGCCCGAACCUCCCUCAUUUUCACCCCCUCCACCUCCCCCACCCCCUCCACCUCCACCAUUUACUAGCUCGAGGAUGACUCCGCUGGAUGCCUUUUCUCCUCCCCCACCACCACCGCCUCCUCCACCUUUGCCCUCAUCAUCCAGUGUAAUAAAUGCUGGUAGGGUCUUGCCACCACCCCCUCCACCACCCCUUUGGACGGGGUAUGGGACUUCCUUAGAAGUAGUAUCUAGUUCAUCGCCACCUCCACCUCCACCUCCACCUCCUCCUCCUCCUAUAUAUGCAUCCAUUUUACCAAGAUUGGCUAGCUUUGGGGGUUCCACAUCGCCGCCACCUCCUCCCCCUCCCCCUCCUCCUAUGCAUACUGGCUAUUCUCCUCCUCCACCACCUCUACCUCCUACUCUUGCCACACGAAUCCUACAUACCUCGCAAGUUGCUCCACCUCCACCUCCACCUCCACCACCACCACCACCACCUCCGGGAGGACGCGCACCUGGUCCACCUCCCCCACCCCCUCCUGGAGGGCGUGCACCUGGUCCACCUCCCCCACCCCCUCCGGGAGGACGCGCACCUGGUCCACCUCCUCCACCGGGAGCUCCAAGACCUCCUGGUGGUGGACCUCCCCCACCACCACCUUUUGGUUCUAAAGGACCUGCAGUUGGCAGAGGCCUUCCUGCUGGGAGAGGGCAAGGAUUUUCACGCGCAGCUGGUGGUGUAGCCCCACGAAGAUCUAACUUAAAGCCGUUGCAUUGGAGCAAGGUAACUAGGGCACUUCAAGGAAGCUUAUGGGAUGAACUUCAAAGAAACGGAGAGACUCAAUUGUCACCAGAAUUCGAUUUUUCAGAACUUGAGACUCUUUUCUCUGCUACAGUCCCUAAGUCAGAUAAUGCGGGUAAAUCUGGAGGGAGAAGGAAGUCUGUUGGGUCUAAACCUGACAGGGUUCACCUGGUUGACUUGAGGAGGGCAAAUAAUACUGAAAUUAUGCUCACAAAGGUGAAAAUGCCACUGCCUGACAUGAUGGCCGCUGCCCUUGCAAUGGAUGAGUCAAUUUUAGAUGCUGAUCAGGUGGAGAAUCUUAUCAAGUUUUGUCCUACCAAAGAUGAGAUGGAACUUCUCAAGAAUUACACUGGUGACCAGGAUCUUCUGGGAAAGUGUGAACAGUUUUUUCUGGAGCUCAUGAAGGUGCCCCGAGUAGAGUCAAAACUAAGAGUUUUUCUCUUCAAGAUCCAGUUCAACUCUCAGGUCACGGACUUCAAAAAAAGCUUAAACACAGUGAACUCUGCUUGUGAAGAGGUCCGACAUUCUCUUAAAUUGAAGGAAAUAUUGAAGAAAAUAUUGUAUCUAGGGAAUGCAUUGAACCAGGGAACUGCCAGAGGUUCUGCCAUUGGAUUUAAGUUGGACAGUCUUUUGAAGCUCACUGAUACUCGUGCUACUAACAACAAGAUGACACUCAUGCAUUAUCUUUGUAAGGUUCUUGCUUCCAAGUCACCAUCACUUUUAGACUUUCACGUAGAUCUUGUAAGCCUGGAAGCUGCGUCAAAGAUACAAUUGAAGUCUUUGGCUGAAGAAAUGCAAGCAAUCAUCAAGGGUUUGGAAAAAGUUAAAAAAGAACUGGAGGCUUCGGAGACUGAUGGCCCUGUGUCUGAAAUUUUUCGCAAGACCUUAAAGGAAUUCGUUGGUGUGGCUGAAGCACAGGUUGGCUCUGUCAAGGAUCUAUAUUCUGUUGCGGGCAGAAAUGCAGAUGCACUUGCACUAUAUUUCGGUGAGGAUCCUGCCCGUUGUCCGUUUGAGCAAGUCACGGCGACCCUCUUAAAUUUUGUAAGGCUGUUCCGCAAAGCCCACGAAGAGAACUUGAAGCAGGCUGAAUUAGAAAGGAAGAAAGUUCAAAAGGAAGAAAUGGAGAACGCCAAAGGAGUUAAUCUCAAUAAGAAGGGUUUCAAGUGAAUUGGGAAUGAUAUCAUUGUUUCAGGGCGAACGAUCUGUCUGUUGGUUGACCAUGUUAACCGAAGAUAUCUACCAAAGACAGACCAAAGGCUCCUAGUGUAAGUGCUUUGGCAUUCUUUGGAUUCAAGAAAGAAUGUUGAGGCUUGUAAACCAGAGUGCAGUGACUGCUUUGCAGAUAGGAAGCUGAACCGGAGACAUCAUUGUCGGGGCUCUUGGAUGAUGCAAGCAACCUCUCGCUCCAUAAAGAUCGACUUGAUUUUUUGUUAUUGGUAAGUGAUCAUGAAUGCUUCCAACCUGGAGAAAUUUGCUACAUUAUGAAAUAGAUGCUGCAAUCAAGAGCGCGAGUUUGGAUAGAGCCAACAUGCUGGACUCGGUGUUGCCACAAUGUCCAGUGUUUGCCAAUGACCGCCCUUACCGCCAUGCAACUGUAAAUUAGAAGUGUAACAUCAGUUUGUAUAAAGCCUAACCAGUAUAUCUAGAUUCAAAGUUAUUCUUUUCAUUGUAACAUAGAAAUAGGGGUUUCCUAUUGUGUCAGUUUUUAUGGGAACCUGCCACGAAAUUGAUUGUACAGAAAGCAUAGGAGAGAAUAGGGAUAGUUUCUAUUAGCAAAUAGUAUUGUAUCAAUAUGUAGGCUUUUAGGAUUAGUUUCCCUUUCCUAAAUACAAAUUUUGGAAAAUAUUCUGAUAUCUUCAUUUUUUUUUAGUCACACAAGCUUUCUUGACAAUUA